AUCAUACCUGUUCGCUGUUUCUCCUGCGGCAAAGUCAUUGGCGAUAAAUGGAAUGACUACUUGAAGCUCUUGUCCAACGACAAAAGCGAAGGUGAAGCCCUCGAUGAACUCCAACUAAAACGGUAUUGCUGUCGUCGGAUGGUGUUGACGCAUGUGGACUUGAUAGAGAAAUUGUUACAUUAUAAUCCCAUGGAAAGGACUCGAGACAAAUCGCAUUUUGUUCCACCAAUGAAGGGCUCCGCUGUAUAUUAG